AUGGCAAGUGAGAACAGCACAACAUCAAUAUCAGCCCAACCAGGCGAUAAAACAGCAAAUAUGAUUAACCGAGAGGGGUAUGUUUGGUGUUCUCUGUUUGUGGCAGAGGCUGUUCUCGUCAUCGUUCUUAAUAUUUCAACCAUAUUCGUUUUUAUUAAAAACCGACGUUUACGCAGACGCAGCACCUAUCUGCUUAUUAACCUAUCAGUGACUGACAUAUGUAUCGGAGCGUUCGUUAUACCUACUAGUGUAUUUCGUCGCGGCAACACUUAUAAACUGUGGAGCGUAGAAAUGACAUACAAAUGGUAUAUUUCCACCUACGGGAUUGACACGUUUUUCUUUGGUUGUUCACUCGUGUUUCUGGUCUCGAUAUCAAUUGAGAGACUGCACGCUACAAGAAAUCCAUUUCGACAUCGGCUGUUAUCAGGGUCAACAUACAAGAAAUGGAUUGCCGGUGUCUGGGUUGCCUCAGUUAUAUAUACAUCCAUAACAGUUUCAUCUUUUCAUUUCAAGUUAUUUGGUUUGUAUAUCUGGUACGUGGUUGCUGGCUGUGUUCUUGUGUCGAUUUUAAUCCUUUGCGCCAGUUACAUUGCGAUUUAUGUUACUGUACGCUGCAGUAAACAGCCAGAACAAAUUACCCAUCACGCGAGGAAGGAAAGGAAACUUACUGUGACACUGUCGAUUGUGACAGUAGUUUCCUUGACAGUGUGGCUACCAUACGUACUUUUCACAUUUCUGGAAUUGAAGCUGAUACAGAUGCUUUCCGAAGAAGGACUUUUGCGUGUGCGAAGUGUUUGCGAGGUUCUUUUCUUUGCUAACUCUUUUGUAAAUCCAAUCCUGUAUACGAUCAGAAUAUCAGAGUUUAGAAGAGCAUUUUGCUCCCUCCUGGUAUCCAAAUCUCUUCAUAGCGAUAUGAACAGCUGUAACGUGAAUAUGUCAACUUUUAGCAGUCAAGCGAAAGAUAACUUCAGUUUCGAUUUACGCUAAAAAGGCUAGUAGCAGCCAGUGAACAUGAACAUCACACAUCUGAGCCUAGACUCCGUUAAUGAUGCAAGAUGCUUAGUUUUCCCUUCCCUGCAGUUAUGAAAAAAAAAGGUUAAUAUUGUAGACAACGUAAAUUGUGUAUUUUUUGGUGUUACAAAAAGCGUAUUGUGUUUAUCAUGUCAAUUGUUCGGCGUCAUGUUUAGUCUCUUUCUUUUUCGAUGUCGUUUGCUAAUAUUACGGGCUAUCAGAAUUUCCUCUCCCCGCCAAAAUCUUCGGCUUAACUUGAAAAAUGUCGGAUGUGCGAAGCACUUUAAAAUGUCACAGCCAGAAAAACUAAUUAACUGAUGCAAGUCAACAAGAAUCAGCAGCAUUAGCAUGUACAUGUGCUAGGGCCGCUUGAAUUUAAAUCGCAGUAUUAUGUUUUGGAUUAUUUUUAGGUGGCUAUUUGAGCCGAUGCCUAUGAACCAUGCGUACAAUGCAGAAGUUGCCGUCAUACGACGUUUUGAAACAUUCGCAGUCAUUUGAAAUAAAUGAUAUUAGAAUCCCCAAAAGUUAUCUUAAAAAGUCCCGUUAGAAGUAAGCUCUGCAUAGGAUAGAAAAAUACGGAACACGGCAAAUUAAAAUUCUUUGCCUGAAAUGUCAACGCCCUACGUAGUAAUAAGAAACAAUGCGGAGACCCUUGAAAAGCUUAGUAUUGUACCUACUAGUAUAGAAAAUGCUAGAGGUUGUCUUGAUGCCAUAUUUGUCACUAAGAUGUCAUGAGAUCACAAGACGACCCUUUGAGGCAAUGAAGUUUUAUAAUUUGAACCAAGUAUUUUACAAUGUCACUGUCCAUCAAAUAUUGUGAAGUAAAAGCCCCUGAAAAGCUUCCAAAAUUAUUAAAAUUUUCCUGUUUCACUGUUAUUUGCUCUUUGUAAGAGGCGUUUUAAUUUUCUGCGUUUUAUUAGGUCCUCUUUAAGAUACCCACUCCGAACUGUAUAUCCUAUCCGAGCGGCAGCCAAAGAAUGUGCGUCAAUAUUAAAAAAAUGUAACGAAAUUCAAAUAUCAUUCCAAAUCCCUAUAAGUUCAAGUGAAUUUGCCCUUCUGUCUUAAAUUAUGCAUUUUUACCCCUUGGAGCCGAUCUUAUCAAUUUUUAAGUAGUAACAGUGGAAAUAACCGCACGACUGGAGAGCAAUAUUUUUUUAAAUUGUUCUUUCAACCCUGAACAGAGCUCACCGCAAUUUAAGUAAGUAUUUUUGUUGGUGUUUGUCCUUUGUUUGCUCAUUGGGAAUAGAAAAUGUAAACUGUAAAUUGUGAUAUGUAAAUAUUUAAAAUGUUUUGCUUACUCCCGAUAAAGCAACUCUUUAUAGCGCACUUUCAAAAAAACACACCCUUAAGAUUAGUUCUUGCCCUUGUGAUUGCUUUCAUGAUGUUAGCUGAUCUGCUUGCCUUGGCAUCACCGCAAACUUUGCCAGCGAAAUACAAAAAUUCCCAGAGCAUCAUUUUUGAGGCAAUUAGACGAGUAGAGGUUUUGUCUUCUAGUAUAUUGCUUAUUCGAAGCUGCGGCCUUUUUUUUUUUCUAGAAAAAGUACACUUUAUAACAAAAGACAGGAAUUUUAGUAGUGGGAGAGCGACUUUCCUUCUUUUCCAUUCGCCAAAGUAUCCACAUUUUUGGUUCUUAUUGUGAGAAUUAUUCCCGGAUUAUUUUAUUUGGCCCUUGACGCUGAAAUGAUCUUUCCUACUUUUCCUGUCAAAACAUGGCGUAUCUUUGUUCUUUUUCGUUCAAAGGUACAAAAAAUAAGGCGAACAGUCUUACAGCAAACGCACAUCACUGAAAAUAUGAAAAUAUGAUUAUUCACUGAGCCUCUGUAUCUUAAACGCAUCUUUACUGCAACACCUUGCAUGAUAAGCCUCUCAUCAUUUCUCUCACCACUGAUCACCUAGCCUCAUUGUUUUCGCAUCAUCCUAAGUUUAGUGGAAGCAAUAACCCAUGGAAUAAUUCAUUUUCUUUAUUCGAACUAGCUUAAUAAACCAUUUAUCAUUUCCAAGUUUGAAAGGCACAACUCCUUGGUCUCAGUUUUCUUUGUUUUUUUUAGUAAGGAAGAGAUUAAAGAGUGAAAAAUCUAUUAAUUUUUUUCAUAUUCUUAUUUUAUUAUUUUUAUCUUGCAAAUGUUGAUUUUAUCCAGUCGCUUUCCGGAAGAUAUUGUAAAUUAGAAAAUUAAUGCAUUUCCUAACUGCCGCACGACAACACUGUGCAAAAGCUCAUGAAUGAACACUGAUGAACACUCAGUGCAAGUUCACCGUCCAUCUUGCCUGCACCAUACACGGCGCUUUUACCCAGCAGCUAGAGACAGUUGAACACCUUUUAUUGUUCAGAAACCGACACAAAAUGGCAGAUUUGAGAGCUUUGAGACUUUUGUCGGUAUCUAUCUUUGAUAGCAGGUGUUUAUCUAGUCUUUAUUAUGAUGCUAAUUUGUAUUUUCAAUUGCCUUUGGCCGAGUAAACUUAAUAGGCCAUUUGCAGUAAGAGGUCUUGUAACAUGGCUUUUAUGAAAAUGAAAGUUAUAUGAUUCAGUUGCCUUCGAAAAACGAUAAGUGGGUCAUAUCUUAAACAAAAUAAUAGUGAUUUGGUUUUUCAAACCCGCACCUUUUUCUUAAAAUGAGUAAGUUCAUAGCUGGUCACGUGACCAAAAUGUGAUUUUUAAAAUUAUGAAUUGCCUCUUUCUGAACACAAAUUUUGCACCUAAACUUCAAGAAAAAUGUUGAGAAGAUGACGUGGUAACAUCAGCACGUCUGAGCGUAACUAUCAAACGUUUAACAAUAUAUAAACAAAAAGUAGUUUUGGCCGCUAUGUUGGGGGGCAAGAGUGUGCCCUCCAACAUGGCGGCCAAUGUUGAAAAAUAAAAGUGCCACAAAAUAUCUCCCUUAAAUCUGUUUCCUCUCAAAUUUCGGGUGCAAGAUAAUUUUAUGAGCUCUGUCAAUUUUGGUAUCAGCAAGAGUCCAACUCAUUGUUUAAAGGAAGCAUUGAUCACAUGACCUCUUAGUACAAGUGGUUUAUUGCCUUUUGUAUCACAGCGUGUUUUUAGGAGUUGCGCCAGAAAGUCAGUGCCUGAAGUUGCGUUGAUGCAAUGUGUGACUGCAUGUUAAGUGUAUGACACAGAGGGCAAAAUUACUGUGAAAUGUCAUUUUUUUUGUCAUGUUUAUUCAAAACCGCCCGAUCGAAGUAAAAACAAUACUUACUUGACAUACUGAAAGCGAUAAGUGAAAUAUUUGCCUGCGAAUAGCCUUCUUAUGCCUUAGCCUUUUCCCCCUAUUGUAUCAGUACUGUAUGCUGUUCAUGUCCGCGGAGUCCAUUCCCUCUAGGAAUCAUGUGCGGGUGGCGCGGUUACCAAGCAUCCAUGUGGGCGCCACUUUAUUUCAAUUUAGUUACUGGAUGCGUUUUCAGUGCCUUUACGUUCAUUUGGCCAAAUCUUGUAUCAAGGAGUUGAUUGAAAUUUAUCGUAAAUAUACGCGAGACCGUGCCUACCGUUAGAUGACUUAGAUAAAAAUUUAGUGCAGCAAAAGUUUGUCAUUUUUUGUCAAAUCAGUAAACAUAGCUCAAACUGAACUGGGUCCAUACGAUAAAAAGGUUUAAAAUUAUCACAUGCCCUUCAAAUAUCCUAUUCAACAUUUUUCUCGUGCGUUUCAAAAAUCUACUCCUUUGAGUUUUUUUUCUCUUCCUUUAAUAUUUGUUUCCUCACAUUGUGAUUGAUAUGACUUCUCUUACAACACUUGACACGGUGAUGUAAUUUAAUGGUAAUUUGUGUGUAUCGCAGUGAAUGUAUUGCUACUGUAAAUUCUAAAUUGGUAUAGACCCUCCUCGCAACAUUUGCUACCAACGGGUUAAUACAAAAUGUAAUUACUUCACAAAUGAAUAUUUAGUUGUUAUUAUUGUUGUUGAGGGUUGAGUGAUUUAAGAUGUAAGAUGAGCAAUCUUAAACUUCCGUAUUAAACCCAGACCUGCCAACCCCUGAUCAAGAAAAAUUUGGAGAUUCUACAAAAAAAGUAAUGAGAUUCUCAUUUUUUCCAGAACAAGAUUAUAGGAACCCUUUUUCCCUUGGCGAAAUUAAUUGUUUCUUUAAAAAUUGCCUUGUCUUAGUGUGGUCCCACUUGUAACAAGUUGCCACAGACUUCAGUUUUAGUACUUUGAUGAAUCUAAGAGACCGCAAAGGGUCUUUCCUUCCGGAUAAUUAGCCAACUUUGUGGUCAUUAUAUUUUAGAACACAGGCAGCUCAAGCGCACUAUGCGUGGGUUCGGGCUAGAAUUAUUAGUGUAUUAUCUGAUGCCAAAUCAAUGCAAAAAUCUUAAAGAUAUGCAGUCUUCUUGUCUUUUUAAGUAGCCACACCAUACCACGUCAUAUUGUGUAAUUUCCGGUCAUUAUUUUACUUCAUAUAUAUUUCUGUAAAUUUUUGAUAUCUCAAUAAACCUGAUGAAGACUGGUAUUGGCCAGUCGAAAUAUCGCAAGUUAACUCUAUUUCACGUUGUUUGAUCAGUCCCUGCAAAAGUCUUCUUGACUGCAACGUUUUCAAUUUCUUCUUGUUUGUCCAUCUGUACUAGUAGCCUUUAAGAUAACGACGGUCUACAACGCUAAGAAAAAAAAUCAUGAUCACGAGAAACAUAACCGAUUCAAAAAGCUCCCUUUCCUUUAGUUCAUAGCCACUCCGUGUCCUACGACAGGUUUAAACGCCCUUUAGUCGACUUUCUUUCUAUUAUAGGGUUCAGUACUCGAUGGAAAGAAAGUCGACUAAACGGCGUUUAAACCGGCCGUAGGACAUAGAGUGGCUAUGAACUUAAGGGAAGGGAGCUUUUUGAAUCGGCAAUAUUUCGCGAGAUCAUGAUUUUUUUUUCUUAGUGUUGUAGAUUCGAAUACAUGUGAUAAAAUUCGAACAAUAAGGGCUCGAAUCACAUGUAAUAAUGCAAGAAAUAUCGACCUUCGUUAUCUUAAUGGCUGCUAGUACAGAUACACAAACAAGAAGACUUCAUAUCUUUAAGAUUUUUGCAUUGAUUUGGCAUCAGAUAAUACACUAAUAAUUCUAGUAUAUUCCGACCAAAUGACCUCUGAAGCCCGAACCCACACAUAGUGCGCUUGGGCUGCCUGUGGUAAACGGGAAGACAAUGACAAAUUCAUCCCAUUAUUACUUAAACUUCCUUCCAAGAAACAAUUUCAAGGUGAUGCAUAAUUACAACCGUCAGUGAUCACAAUUCACACAAAUCGAGUUUAAAUUUGUUUUCCCAGUUAACGGCGUUUGAAAUUAGAAAAUCAGGUUAGAACACGUUUAUUAUUUUUACCUUCUGUUAUUUUCUAUUUAAGAAUUCUUAUAGAGACGAAUGUAAAAACGUGCUGACGUAAUUGCGGUUAGCUGAGUCAAACCACUCCAAUUAAGGAAUAAUAUCCCCCACAAAAAGGGAAAUUUUUCGUUCCGCUGAUAACGUCUAUAAGGGCAGUUGUAUUUUUGACUCAUACCAGAAUCUGUUUUGGGCAUCUCUCUGCGAAAUAACUUUAGCAAGUAAGUUAACUGUACAUCUAAUUCAAACUACUAAAAAUCGUUUUAAGUUUAGUUUCCAUUACGUUUCUAAGCCAGUUACAUAAGUGACAUCUGAAUAACCAUCGACAGUGCAUACGUUACAACAGUUUUCUCCUUGAAAUACUCGGAUUUCCUUAUUCAUUCAAAGUAAGUCAGGGCUCCUUUCCUCGAAAGAUGGUCAAGUUUAGCCUAUCCUUGAUUUAAGCCAAUUAGUUUGAGCAAGGCUAUCUUGUCUAAGAACAUGUAACUCGAGCUUACAAAAUUUUGGUAAAUUUACCUCCGAGCUUCUAUGAUAUACCUUCCUGAAAAAUGUUACUUUAUACAAUACCCAAGAAGUAACUAGGUUGAGUAUGAUCGUCCCGGUGAAAGUAGUCUGAAAUAGGACUGUUGUUGUUGACAGUGCCUGACGUUUGACAACUUGUGCGGUAUUCAAGGGUCUGAAUGGGAGGAGGGGUACAAAUGUCAGUUGCCAGUUAAAAUUUUGGCCAUUUGUCAGUCGUCAUUUAAAUGAUUAUUACUAAUUAACUAGGAAACUUAUUUGUUCAUUUUUGAUCUGAAAUUUAGCUAAGAAGCAGUGUUCUUUCCAGGAUUUUCUACACUGGGGUCCACAGGACCCAUAG